AGGCAGGUGAGCCUAGAAUAUUCAUCAGAACCAUUCUCAUAAUCCCAGCCUCUACCAACAUGAAGCAAAUGAAACUUCUGCUGCUAAUCAUGGGACUGGCCCUGGUCAGAGGCAUCCGGGUCCAGCAUGGCCACUGCAAGGAGCACAACCAAAAUCUUACAGGAGCCUGGCACACCAUUGCAUUAGCUUCAAAUGACAUGUCUAAGAUCAGGAGGGAAGGUGUCUUUAGAAUGGCUCUCCACAAAGUUACAGACAAGAACGACAAGAUAUAUGGAGAAUUUACCAUAAGGAAAAAUGGUAGAUGUCAUCGGUUAUCCCUCACAGCUUACAAGACAGAUAAAGAACAUCAAUAUUUAUCAUUAUACUCGGGAGCAAACAUUUUCUACAUAACACAUAUUAAGCGGAAUGAAUAUUUCAUGAUAACCUUAUAUAAUUACCACAAGAACAAAAAAACAUUAAUGUUUGCACUCUAUGGACGAAAUCGAGAAGUGAGAGAAGAAAUUAAGGAGAAUUUUAAAGAACUGUGUUUAAAUAACAAUCUCAAUGAGAGAGACAUAGUGUAUUUGACUCAUUUUGAUCGAUGUGAGGAACUUGCCUAGUAAAGAAGAUCACUCUGGCCUGCAGGAACCUUCUCCUGAAGAGUCAAAGUCAUAUCCAGCACAUGAAUUCCCCACCUGAGUCAUCCUGUGAUUACAUGAUAUAAUCAGUUUCCUGUCACUGUCCCAGCAGGUCACCCAAGAUGAAUGAUACCUGUUUUUCUGGGAGGGCCACUUGUUUCUCUGAAAGAAUCAGCCAUUCAAAUUACCAAAGUUCUGCUGAAUUUCUAGUUUCUUUAAUUUCUAAGGGGAGUCUUUCCUUUCUUCUCUCUUUCCAUACCAAAGACAAUAUCCUCAGAAGAGGUUUUCUGCAAAUUCCCAAUAAAUGAUUUAUUUGGUG